AUGGCCAUUCAUUUCCUCCUUUCACCGCCCUUUCUCAUCCUCCUCUUCUUCAUCCUCCUCUUCCUCUUUCCAGAAAUCAUCAGAGCUUACAUGACCGAUUCAGACGCCCUUCUCAGAAUCAAGAAAUCUCUCAACGAUCCUCAGUCUCUUGAUUCUUGGAAGAUUGGAACCAAGCCCUGUGAUCAAGUCAUACCAUGGGCUGGUCUCGUUUGCACCAAUGGACUCGUCAUUAACAUUCACCUCCGAUCCAUGAGUCUCUCCGGUCAUCUCGACUUCACCGCCUUGUCGCAAAUGCCCGGUUUGCGCAUCAUUUCCAUCGAAAACAAUUCUUUCUCCGGUCCAAUUCCGGAAUUCAAUAAGCUUGGCUCCUUGAAGGCUCUUUAUCUGUCCAUGAAUCAAUAUUCCGGCGAAAUUCCCGCAGGUUACUUCUCCGAGAUGACGUCUCUGAAGAAGAUAUGGUUUGAUGGAAACAGGUUCUCAGGCAAAAUCCCGUCGUCCAUUGGCGAACUCCCGAAUCUUGUGGAAUUACAUCUUGAAGAUAAUCAGUUUUCCGGUAAGAUUCCGGCAAUCGGGCAACGGAGUUUGGAGUCGGUCAACCUUUCCUACAAUAACUUGACCGGAGAAGUUCCACCGGGUUUGGCGAGGUUCGAUGCAGCUUCGUUCGAAGGGAAUCCCGGGCUUUGUGGGGCAAAAUUUGGUACGGUUUGUGGCGAUCCGAUUCCCAAAAAGCCCAAACCGAAUGAAAAGCCGAGCAAGUCGACAAGGAUCGAAUACGCACUCAUGGCCGUGUCCCUGUUGAUUCUUAUGCUAAUGAUUAUCGGAAUCUUCGUGUUGAUGAAGAAGAAGAAGAAGAAAGAUAAAUCGGAAAGAAAUGCGAUGAUGGGAAAAGAUAAUCUUGAAGGUUCGGUUGGUUUAACGAUUUGUAGUAUCAGCAAACCGUCUGCCAUUCCGGGGCAAAGUAGCUUCGGAACGGGUCAGACGGCAUUGAUCACUAAAAAGAAAGCGCAAGUCGAGCUGAUGAUGUUAAACAACAGCAAGGGAAGGUUCGGGUUGGCGGAUGUGAUGAAGGCGGCUGCGGAGGUGCUCGGAAACGGAAUGCUGGGGUCAUCGUAUAAAGCGAUGAUGUCAAACGGGAUGACGGUGGUGGUGAAGAGAUUGAAAGAAAUGAACAUGGUGGAUAAGGAGGGUUUCGAAGCCGAGAUGACGCGGCUCGGGAGACUCGACCACCCGAACGUCUUGACACCGAUCGCGUGUCAUUAUCGCAAAGAGGAGAAGCUCUUGAUUUACGAAUACAUUCCGAGUGGAAGUUUAGUUUACUUAUUGCACGGUGAAGGCGAAAUGAGGCACUCGGAGCUCGAUUGGCAUGCCCGAUUAAAAAUUAUUCAAGGGAUCGCUCGAGGACUGGGUUAUAUUCACUCUGAACUGGCCAUAUUAGAGUUGCCUCACGGAAAUCUCAAAUCGAGCAACGUUCUUAUGGGCCCCAAUUACCAGCCACUAAUCGUAGAUUUUGGUCUACAUCGCAUGAUCAAUACGAAUCAUGUUGCAAAUGCGUUAGCCGGCUACAAGGCUCCCGAGGCAAUACAAAGCCGUCAAGUGUCGCCCAAAUGCGACGUGUAUUGUCUAGGAAUCAUCAUUCUCGAAGUGGUGACAGGGAAAUUCCCGUGUCAGUACGUGAACAGCGGGAAAGGUGGGACGGACGUGGUGCAAUGGGUAAGAUCUGCAAUGCAUGAGCAAAGGGAAGGGGAGUUGUUGGAUCCGGAUAUGGGGGCCGGAUCGAGUAGAUACGUCGCCGAAAUGAAGAAGGCUUUACGUAUCGGUGCAGCUUGUACGGAGAGCGAUCCAGGGGCACGGUUAGACAUUCGGGAGGCAAUUUGUAGCCUAGAGAAUAUUCAAGGUGGGGACGAGAGCAGGAUUGCGAUGUUCCCGUCGUUUGGAGACACAUACGGGGAUGCUGCGAGUACAAUAUCAGAAUCGUCGUAUAAGUCAUGGGGAGGUGAAUCUAAAGACGGGCGUAAUGAUAGUUUUGGGUAUCAUGUAUCAUAA